AUGAGUACUAAUUUGGAGCACAUCCUAGGAUUCAAAGUGAGAGUUACCAAUGUUUUAGAUGAGGUGACGGAAGGAAAAGUGUACUCUUUUAACUCAUCGAACAGUACUCUGACAUUGCAAACCAAUAAGAAAAAUCAACCACAGACCUUUAAAAUUAUAAAAUGUACAUUUAUUAAGAGCCUUGAAGUUAUUGGAGAAAAACCGGCAACGAAUGUGUUUAAGAGACAGCAGAUCAAGCCAUCACACGUCAAUGUUCAGAGAAUUGAUCAGCUUCUGAACAAAGAACUAGCUCUGAGAAAGCAGAAGAAUUUUUUGACUGGCAAAGGAGUCACCAAGGAGGGUCAAUUCCUGUUCGAUCUACUUUACAAGACGGUCUCCGACACUAGAUGGGUAGAAAAAAAGAUCGUUGUCCUGGAUGAUGUCGAAGUUUUGCCGCCAUACAAGAUAGAAAACAUCAAAUCAUUGAAUGGACCAGAUAGUCAGUCUGCGACAUUGGUGAAAAGAAUUAUAGAACGAGGUUGGGAGAAACUAGAACAUACUAAUGACUUUGAAGGCCGGAAAGGCGGAUAG